GGCGGGCGGAGGGCUCGGCCUGAGAGGUGGAGUCCGGGCCAGGCAGCCAGUCGCCCUGUUUCUGCGCUAGGCGACCGCCGCCACUUCUUCGGACCGCGAAGAGCCGCGCUGGAGCGCUGUGCGUCUCCCCCACGCAAGCCCGGGAGCCCGCUUUCCUGAGUUAGAGUCCGUCGGCCGCAGUAUCUGCAACAUGACUGAUAAUUUGGAUGAAUUUAUUGAAGAGCGAAAAGCCAAAUUGGCCAGAGACAAAACAGAAUUGGAAAGUGAUCCACCUUACAUGGAAAUGAAGGGAACAUCAUCAGAGAAGCUUUCUGAAAACAGUAAAAUAUUAAUCUCCAUGGCUAAGGAAAACAUACCACCAAACAGUCAACAGACCAAGGGUUCCUUAGGAAUUGAUUAUGGAUUAAGUUUACCACUUGGGGAAGACUAUGAACGGAAGAAACAUAAACUGAAAGAAGAAUUGCGGCAAGAUUACAGACGCUAUCUUACUCAGGGUAUUACACAAGCAAAAAGAAAGAAAAAUUUUCUAUCCACGAGUGAAACAGAUCCAUCUUCUCUGGGAGUUUCUCUUCCUAUUGGUGAGAGGUUAUCUGCCAAGGAAAGGUUGAAACUUGAACGCAACAAAGAAUACAAUCAAUUUCUCAGGGAUAAGGAAGAAUCCACGGAAAAGUUCAGACAGCACAAGAAUCAAAGAAGUAAAAAACCUAUUAGUCAGGUUAAACCUGAUUUACCUUCACAAAUGCAGUCAUCUUGGGAAAAUUCAGAGGGUCCUAGGAAAGAUGUCUUAACUCCUUCAGAGGCAUACGAAGAGCUUCUAAACCAAAGACGACUAGAAGAGGACAGAUACCGAAAACUAGAUGAUGAAAUUGAAUUAAGGAAUAAUAGAAGAGUCAUUAAAAAAACUAAUGAAGAAGUGGGCAUUUCCAAUAAAAAACAUCAGAGGUUUGUCAGCAAGACUGACAUUCCAGAUAGAAGAUUUCACAGGUUUAAUGAGGAUCGUGCUUUUGAUAAACAGUAUUAUAGACCAGGCCAAGAUCCUGAAGUAAGUGAAGAAAUGGACGAGAGGUUUAGAUAUGAAAGUGAUUUUGAUAGAAGACUUUUGAGAGUGUAUACAAAUGACAGGAUGUACGGGAACAGACGAGGGAAUGUGCCUCCUAUGGAGUAUGGUGGUGAUGUCACAGAACAGUCAAACAUACGGGUUUCAUCUGCUGGAAAUCAAAGCGCUCGAGACAAUGAACCAUCCAAACCUACUAAUCGAGAGAUGUGUAGUCCUUUUGCGGGGAUGCUCUUUGGAGGUGAAGAUCGAGAACUUAUUCAGAGAAGGAAAGAGAAAUAUAGACAAGAACUGUUGGAACAAAUGGCUGAACAACAGAAGAACAAGAGACGAGAAAAAGAUUUGGAUCUCAGGGUUGCAGCUUCUGGAGCACAAGACCCUGAGAAAUCGCCUGAUAGACUAAAGCAGUUUAGUGUGACACCAAGAUACUUCGAAGAGACGAUACCACCUGAAAGACCCAGAGUAGCUUUCCAGACACCUCUCCCUCCUUUGUCUGCCCCAUCUGUCCCACCCAUCCCAUCAGUUUACUCCAUCCCAUCUCAAAAUGAAGAUUUGCACAAUGGACCCAGCAGCACCCUUGGUGAAAUGGUGCCUCCCAGCAUUGCACCUCUGCCUCCACCUCCCCUGCUACCACCUUUGGCUACCAACUAUCGAACUCCUUACGAUGAUGCGUACUAUUUUUAUGGGGCCAGGAAUACGUUGGAUCCUAGUCUUGCUUACUAUGGUUCAGGAAUGAUGGGAGUACAGCCUGCAGCUUAUGUUACAGCUCCUGUCACCCACCAGCCAGCACAGCCUAUUGUGAGUACGGUUGGACAGAAUGAACUGAAAAUUACAAGUGAUCGAGCAAUAAAUUCAGGAUUGUUUUUUGAAGGUAAACCAAAGCCUUCAAAACAGUCACUUCAGUCUUACCAAGAAGCUUUGCAGCAGCAGAUUCGAGAAAGAGAAGAAAGAAGAAAGAAAGAACGAGAAGAAAAAGAAGAAUAUGAAGCUAAAUUAGAAGCUGAAAUGAGAAGUUAUAACCCCUGGGGGAAAGGUGGAGGUGGUGCUCCUCUGAGAGAUGCAAAAGGAAAUCUGAUAACUGAUUUGAAUAGGAUGCACAGACAAAAUACAGAUGCCUUCCAUAACCCAGAUGCAAGAACAUAUGAAGAUAAAAGGGCUGUUGUAUCUCUAGACCAAAAUUUAGCCACUUCAGAUGCUGAGAACCUAGAAGAUUCUGCAAAUAAAAACUCAGGUCAUAUGCAAACACAGAGCUCUCCUUUUGCUCGGGGAAAUAUUUUUGGUGAGCCUCCAACUGAACUUCAGAUUAAACAGCAGGAAUUAUACAAGAAUUUUCUUCGUUUUCAGAUUGAGGAAAAGAAACAAAGAGAAGAAGCAGAGCGAGAGAGAUUGAGAAUUGCCGAAGAAAAAGAAGAAAAACGGCUUGCAGAACAGAGAGCACGAAUUCAGCAAGAGUAUGAAGAGGAACAGGAAAAGAAAAGGGAGAAAGAGGAAGAGCAAAGGCUGAAAAAUGAAGAGCUUAUUCGGUUAGCUGAAGAAAGACGAAAAGAAGCAGAAAGAAAGAAGAAAGAAGAAGAAGAAAAACAUAACCUACAACUUCAGCACUACUAUGAAAGAGAAAAUAUAAUUGGUGAAGAAACAAAGCACUUGAGACAGCCCUCUCCUGUAGUUCCUGCUCUUCAGAACAAGAUUGCAAGCAAACUCCAAAGACCUCCUUCAGUUGACAGCAUUAUAACUUCCUUUAUUCAGGAAAGUUCCAUGUCCAGGGCACAGUCUCCUCCGGUACCUGCCAGGAAAAAUCAGCUUCGUGCAGAAGAGGAGAAAAAAAAUGUAAUUAUGGAAUUAUCAGAAAUGAGAAAGCAGCUUCGUAGUGAAGAGCGGCGUCUGCAAGGGCGGUUGCUGCACAUGGACAGUGAAGAUGAAGUUCAUAUAAGGAAAAGAGAAAGGAAUCCCAUGGAUGUAUUUGACAUGGCCAGACAUCGGUUACAGGCUCCAGUCAGAAGACAGUCACCUAAGGGCCUAGACACUACUACUUUCCAGAAUAUUCAUGACUUUAAUGAGCUGAAAGAUAGAGAUUCAGAAACACGAGUUGAUUUGAAAUUUAUCUACCCGGAUCCUCCAAGAGAUUAUCAUACCUUAGAGAUUCAGCAGCAAGCCUUGCUAAGAGAGCAGCAGAAGAGACUGAAUAGAAUAAAAAUGCAGGAAGCUGCUGAAGUUGACUUGGAUGCUGUCCCAAGCACUAAAGUACAAGACCACAGAAUGCCCAGAGAUGACACUAAUGAUUUCUUGAAAAAUUCAUUACUGGAAUCUGAUAGUGCUUUUAUUGGCUAAAGAAAAAAAUCGUCAUUAUCAUCAUUAUCAAUAGAUGCAGAAGGAUUAAACAAAAUCCAACACCUUGUUCAUGAUAAUUGUCAGCAAACUUAGAGGGGGACUUCCUCAACUCCCUAGAGAACAUCAACAAAAAACCUACAGCUAGCAUUUAGUGAUGAGACACUAGCAACUUUUCUGCUAAGAUAAGAAACAAGAUGAAGAUGUCCCCUCUUACCACUCCUCAACGUCAUUAUGGAAGUCCUAGCUAAUUCAGUAAGGCAAGAAAAGGAAACAAAAGGUACACAGAUUGGGAAAGGAUAAAUACUGCCUUUGUGCACAGAUGACAUGAUUGUAGGAAAUGUGAAAGAAUCAAUCCCCCACCACCAGAAGCCCCCCCGCAUAUUAAUAAGCAGUUAUAGCAAGCUUGCAGAAUACCAGGUUAAUACACAAGUCAGUCAUUUUCCAAUAUACCAGCAAUGAACAAGUAGAAUUUGAAAUUUAAAUGCAAUAUCAUUUACAUUAGCACCCCCCCAAAAGAAACAUGUAGAUGAAAAUCUUACAAAACAUGUACAAGAUCUAUAUAAGGACAACUACAGAACUCUCAUCAAAGAAAUAAAAUAACUAAAUAAAUGGGGAAAUAUUCCAUGUUCAUGGAUUGGGAGACUCAGUAUUGUCAAGAUGUCAGUUCUUCCCAACUUGAUCUAUAGAUUCAAUGCAAUCCCAAUAAAAAUCCCAGCAAGUUAUAUUGUGUAUAUCAACGAACUGAUUCUAAAGUUUAUAUGGAGAGGCAAAAUACCCAGAAUAUCCAACAGAAUACUGAAGAAGAAAGAACAGUCAGAGAACUGACUUUCUAUAAAGUUACAGUAAUCAAGACAGUGUGGUAUUGGCAAAAGAACAGACAAAUAGAUCAGUGGAACAGAAUAAAUACCCUAGAAAUAGACCCAAACAAGUAUAGUUAACUGUUCUUUGACAGAAGAACAAAGGCAGUACAGUAAAGAUUGGACAUCUACAUGCAAAAAAGUGAAUCUAGACACAGACAUUACACCCUUCAAAAAAAUUAACUCAAAAUGGACCACAGAGCUUCCCUGGUGGCACAGUGGCUGGGGGUCCACCUGCCGAUGCAGGGGAUGCGGGUUCGUGCCCCGGUCCAGGAAGAUCCCACAUGCCAUGGAGUGGCUGAGCCUGCACGUCAGGAGCCUGUGCUCCACACCAGGGAGGCCACGAUGGUGGGAGGCCC